CUCGAUCUUAUCCAAUUGUCACGCACUUAUUGCUUUCCCCGCCACGUCACCUCACUUUCCCUAGAUCCGAUCGGACGGCCACCAUCUCAUCUCCAUCGAAAGGAGCUGAUCGACCUUCAACGCUUGAUACCGUCCAUAAAUAUCGGCGCUGGCUCUUGAAAUGCGCACUCCUCACUGAAGCACUCAGCUCAAAUCUAGCUACCCUUUGCUAACGUGCGCGUGCCCCCCAAUGGGUUUACUCGACCAGCUCUGGGACGACACGGUCGCGGGCCCCCGGCCCGACACCGGCCUCGGCAAACUCAGGAAACACUCGACCUUUAGCUUCCGACCAAACUCCGGCAAGGAAUCAGAGGCUGUGAACGGUGGAAGAUCCAUCGUAGAGGAAGCCGGCGGAGACGAGGUGAGGGUGACUAGAAGCAUAAUGAUCGUGAAGCCGCCGCAGUCCGAUCAGAAGGACUCGCCGCCGGUUUCUCCGGCGGGCUCCACUCCACCGGUAUCCCCCUUUGCCGGUGCUGGAGGGAAAGAAGCUUUUCGGUUCCGUAGGAGAUCGGCAUCGUUUGCGUACGAGAAGGCUAAUGGAGUGGGACCCAGAAGCCCUCCUCCUCCUUACGACCUUUGAGAUUUGAGUACGCGCGUGAUGUUCUUUUUCUUGAUACGACAAUUGGAGCAAGCUCGGUUUUCUAGGAUUUCCUGCUUAAUUUCUUGCUCGAUGGCUUGAGUUUCUUUGCUAGUGCGUGUGUACUUUUAGCUCGUAAAUAUGUUAUGAAUGUAAUUAUAAGGUUUGUGUAUCCAUAAUCUCUGUGGAGUAUGGAAGCUGGUUGUGAAUCCAAACUUUCUGAAGUGUGUUUUGUGUACUCUCUCUCUCUCUCUCUCCCUCUCUCUCUCCCUCUCUC